GUCCCGGCGAAGGAUCUGGUGCUGCGUGCGCAAGCCUCACGCAGUGACGGUGAUAUGCUGUGCCAAGCUGGGCUGAAGAUUGCUAAUGCAAGUGCGAAUCAUGAGGAGGAUACGGUCUACAAAGCAUUGGUACAAACGGAGCUUAUCGUGAAUAUCCCAUGGACGUAUCUGAAUUUGGGUACAGGUGUACUGAAGAGUGAGCCUGUUCUUGCGGACUUUUGGCAUCACUUCAUGAUCUCCGAGCCAGACCACCCAAUUGUGGAUGACAUUCAGAGUGGUCGCGUGGACCCGUCCUACCUUAUCCCCAUUAAUCUUCAUGGGGAUGGAGGUAGAACGUUCAAGAAAGCAGAGAUCAUGAUUCUGCAGUGGCAGUCGUGUAUAGGCAAAGGUACACAACUUUCGCACUCGCGGCGCCAGAAGCGCCAGCUGGGCGCGGAUGUGACACCAGGCCAAGUGAAUCUCUGUGGACAUUCACUUUCAACCAGAUUCCUUAUUUCGGUCCUGCGUAAGAAAUUUUACAUGGAGGAUGCGACGCCGCUUCUUGAUUUGCUUGGCCAUGUUUCGGACUGGUUUGGAAGCCUGUAUAAGGACGGGCUCCUGCUUGAUGGGCAGCUAUGGAGGUUUUUACCGCUGGGGCUCAAGGGGGAUUUGGUCUUUCAAUCGAAGGCCGCAUCUCUCACACGCAGUUUUGCGCACGUGAGAAAGCGGGCUGCGACUGCCAAGUCCAAGGACCUGGUUGGCUGUUGCUCUUGGUGCCUAGCUGGCACAUCUGAAGUGGCCUUUGAAGAUUUUGGUGUUGAAAGGCCGGCAUGGUUAGCGACGGCAGGCGAGAACAAUCCGUUACCGUGGACAUCAAUGCCCAGCUUGUUGAGAAACAUUCCCCAUGCGCCAGAUGCGCACAGCUUCCUGAAAAUCGACCUUUUUCAUACCUUGAAUAUGGGCGUCUACAAAGAGUACGCUGCGUCGUCCCUUUGUCUUUGUUUGGCUUUGCCGGGGAAAAAAAACCAAUGA